GCCCAACUUUCAAUGGAUAAAGCUUUCUAUGUUUCUAUAAUGACUUUGUUUAUGUUUAGACUACUCAUCUGAGUUGCUGCAUGACUUAAAAGCAGAAUUUGUAUUGAUCACGACAGAAUGAAUACUUUUACUGAUGGGUGUGUCAGUUUUAAGAAUUAUGUAUCUAUUUUAAAUUGUAGAAAACGGAAAAAUUUAAUCAAGUUAAUUAGAAACGACUUGUUGACUGAAACCUGUCGUCAUUCGGUAAAGAAUCUCAUGAGGGAAAAAUAUUAUUCAAGGAUUCACCUGCUAUACUUGAUUUUUUAAAGAUUUUUUUUAAUAAAAGUGACUUUUUAUAAACAAUUGAUUUCAUUGGAAGGAGCAACUUUUUUGCAAUUCUAUGAGAAAGAGCAAUAACCUGUAAGAUUACAUACAAACAUUGUCAAAGUAAGAAGUCAUACAAAAGUGACAGGAAUAAGUUGUUUAAUGGAGGGUAUAUGAUUGUAUAGUAUGUGCCUACGAAGCAUAUCUGUUUGGAUGUUAGAGAUCGCUAAAGUUUGGAGCUAUGGACAUCAGAGAUGCCAAAGAGACCAAGAGGAUAUUUUGGGCAAGCAAACAGAAACACAUGUGACAUUACAUGACAAAAAGUUACAGAAAGAAAAUCGUCAUCAUCGGAACUCAAUCGCUGAUUCUAGUUCCGAUAAAAAUAAAAACAACGAUUCAGAUAUUGUUCAAGAUUAUAAACAUAGGAAAAACUGUGGGAAUGGUGCUGUUGUAAAAUUAUCCAAACCUCCGUUAGUCAAACAGAAUUCAAACGUUAGUUGUAAUUCUGAAACUAUACAAUAUGAGCCUUGUGUCGAUCACCUCAUUGUGCCUCUUCAACUCGACGAAUCAAAUCAAGACAGCUCCUCUGAUGACAACCAGUCUAUAAAUAGAUUGCAAUAUUCUCCACGACAUGCUCCAAAAAUUGUAUAUAGCCAGUCUGUAGAUCAUCCCCGUGUAGGUAGACUCUCCCCCUUUGGAUCCCCUUCGUCUUCACCAAGGUUAAGACGACAGCCAACGAUGGAGACUAGACGUGUGUCCGUCACUGACAAUGAUGGUUACACACAAUUAAAUCAGUAUCAACUAAAGAAUGAGAUAGGAAAGGGUUCCUAUGGAAUUGUCAAAUUAGCAUACAACGAAAAAGAUGAUGUUCAUUAUGCAAUGAAAAUACUUUCCAAAAAACGAUUGAUAAAGAAAGCUGGAUUCUACCGACGCCCCCCUCCAUCACGAGAUGGAAAACCUGUAAAUAAACCUGUGACACCUCUAGAGAAAGUGUAUCGUGAGAUUGCCAUUCUGAAGAAGUUGGAUCAUCCCAAUGUUGUCAGAUUGGUGGAAGUUUUAGAUGAUCCAGAUAAAGAUAAUUUAUAUAUGGCCUUUGAAUUGGUAGAAAAAGGAGAGGUUAUGGAGGUGCCUACAGAGAAGCCUUUAUCAGAAGACCAAGCUUGGUCGUACUUCAGGGAUGUCAUUUUAGGAAUAGAAUAUUUGCAUCAUCAAAAAAUCAUUCAUCGAGAUAUUAAGCCUUCAAAUCUGUUGUUAGGUGAUGAUGGUCAUCUUAAGAUAGCAGAUUUUGGUGUGAGUAAUGAAUUUACAGGAACAGAUAUAUCACUCAGUAAUACUGCAGGUACCCCAGCCUUUAUGGCUCCAGAAACUUUAAGAGAAGAGAAAGAAAAUUUUAGUGGAAAGGCACUAGACAUAUGGGCCAUGGGUAUCACAUUGUACUGUUUUGUGUUUGGACAGGUUCCAUUUAAAGAUGAAUUCCCUUUAGCACUUCACAACAAAAUAUUAAAGGACCCAGUUAAGUUCCCUACCAAUAUAAAGAUAACAGAUUCCCUAACAGAUUUGAUACAGAAGAUGUUAAAUAAGAAUCCAGACAACAGAAUUACCUUGCCCCAGAUAAAGUUAAAUCCAUGGGUAACUAAAGGAGGAACUUGUUCCCUGCCAACAGAGGAGGAGAACUGUACACUGGUUACCAUUACUGAAGAAGAUAUAGAUAAUGUUGUUAAACAUGUGCCAAAACUAGAUACACUUAUCUUAGUGAAGAGUAUUUUGAGACAGAAAUCCUUUAAGAAUCCAUUCCACAAAGACAAUGGAGAACAUAAGAAGACAUCCAGGUCACAUUCUGCACCAGAUGCAUUUGCUCAAGUUGUUAAAAGAAAAAUGUCAGAAUCCAAGAUGGAAUCCAGUGUUGAAGAGGUGUCAUGACAGAAUUACUUCCCUUUAAUCUACUGAAUGACUUGUCCUGAUUGGAUGCCAGGUUGAUGGUUGUGAUAUUUGUCUUACAAACAACUAUUGUUUUAUAUUUAAAACUUUGACUUUUAUCUAGAUUUUAUAUAUCUACCAAUAUUUUAAUGUUGAACAAUUAUAGCUUUAUUGUAUUUGGUAACUUGAGGGUGUGUUAUAUUUUAUAUGAUAAUAUGUGGGGUGUACUUAAUGUAUGCAAAUAAAAAAAUUCAUAUUGUUGAUGCACAACUUUUCAUAUUAAAAUGUUUUUUAUACUUAUUACACAAUUGUACAUAUUUUCUAAUGGGUAAAUUUUAAUCAAAUUUCAACAUUUUAUAUAACUAGAUUGUAGAAAAAAAUUAUAGUUAAGUAGCACUUUUUUAUAUUUUAUACAGCAUACAUGUACAAGGAUUAUAUAUGUAAAUCUAAUACAGUCUCACAAUUUAGAAUUAGCUUUUUUAAUAUUUUUAUGUUAUUAAUUUCUAAUUUUAUUGCAUUUUUUAUCUGGCUCUAUCACUAGUGCUAGUUAAAAUUUGUUUUCCUUUUUAAUUUUGUCUGUACUUAAUACUGUUACAAUAACACAUAGCUGUUGGUGCGAUAGAGCAGAUUAUUACCCAGAGAAAAUUUGUCAACCAAGGCUAAGCCAAGGAUAACAAUAUUUUACGAGGGAUAACAGUAUGCUCUAUCAACUUACAGUAAAUUCAGAAAUUAUUGCGUGCAUUUAUUAUUGCGAUUUUGUCAUUUUAGACUUUAAAGCUAUUUUAUUUAUUACGAUUUUGAGAUAUAUGUUGUUAAAUGCAUAUUAAAUAUUUCAAAAUGCAAGUUUAAAUUAUUGCGUUUACAAAUCUUCCGCAUUUUUUGCAAUAAUAAAAACCUCGCAAUAAUUUUUGAAUUUACAGUAAUUUAUUAUACUGAAUGUUCUGUUAUUCCCCUCUAUUGAAUAGCAAGCUCAAGUGUAUUGUAAAAGACAACCACCAGUAGUUAAAAAAUCACACAAUUGAUCAAGAGUCCCUGUGAAGGACACUAGAGAAUGGUUUUUGCUAUGGAAUAGGUUAAAUUACCUCCCUUAUAUUAAUCAAUCAAAAACUGACAUUUUAACAUGAACUAUAAUAACUGGGUAUUUUUGUUUUGCAGUAAUUUUUUGUUUAAAAACACAAAACAUGACACACAAACAAAGAAUAUCUUAAAGAUUACACAUAAAUGGAGAUUGUCUAAAACAUUACUCAUGGACAGAAAAACAUAUAAAACAUGACAGACAAACCGAGACCAUCUUGAUUUUUAUACAGAGGUCUCAAUCAAUUUUGGGCUGUUAAAUGACCAUUACAAAUAUUAUUAAAAACAUAUUGAAUGAUACAUUUUUAAAUCAGUUUUCAUUUAUCAAUCAAAAUAUUUCACAACUAAACGGGUAUUUUUGUAACUAGCCUUAAGUGGGGGAGAUAGGGGUUUGACCUCUAGCUGACCAAACAUUUUGUUUAAUAUUAGAGUUUGUGUAUUUUCUCCCCCAAGCAUACUGCAUUUAGGAGUAAGAGCAAUUGUCAGUUCUUUUCAGAGUUAUAAGAAUGCUUCUGAGCAGGAUAAUAUAUCUUCCAUCAGACCUUAACUUUAUGUUUAAGAUCUGACAUAGACUGUUGGUCACAUGCAUAGCAAAGUAUACUCAUAUCUCAUUAACAUUUUGUCAACCUGGACAGCAUGUUGAUUUUCUAUUAUGGAUGUUGAGCAGCCUUUAUAAACAAUCACAAUUGAUUUUUUUUUUUAAUGAAUUCCAUUUGAUAUGAUUAGUUUUUCUAAUAACUUAAUGCAAACAUUGAAUUUUAAUUAUAAAAGCACAAUUUCUUUAUGUUCCAUUUUGUGCAUACUAUUAUAAUAUAUAUAAUUAUAUUUUGUAGCACACAAGGUACUUUUUGCAUGAAAAUAAUAACAUUUAAAAACUUUUCAUACUUUGUAUUAGAACAUAAGUCACAGAUAAUCAACUGAUACUGUUACAUAUAAUGGUAUAUAACCAAUUCACAGCCUGUUCGCUAUAGCUUUAAUAUCAAUGCUGGAGUUUUUUUGGAAUCUCAAUUUUUUUAUUCAGAGUUUUAGAUCUUAUUUUUCAAAGCCACUUUUUGGGGAAGAGUAAUUGGGGAAUAAACAUUCCAAAUAAACUUUUCAGUUGUUCAGAAGAUAAAUGUUAUGAUCAGUAGCUACAAUCUUGUAUUAUACAAACAAACAAAGAUCUGUAGAUGUCUUUUGGUUUUUUUGUGUCAUUGGGUUGCAGUCUUAAUGAUGACUUUAGAUUUUUGUGCACUUUUCGAUACAUUUCCUAUGUCUCAGUGCUCAUGUUAUUAGGUCAAAGUUGUUCAAUGACCUCAUUUCCACAGAUUGACCUCAGGUCAACCAAAUUUUUUUCAUUCCUUAAAAUAACUUUAGAUUGAUAUAUUGACAUUUGCCCCACAAGUAUUUAACUCAUUUUAAAUGAAGCUUUUCAAACUCCUAUUGGAAAUAGGUACGGAGCACAUAGUCAUGUCUAAAAUGAACUAUUUAUACAUGUAUAAGUAAAACUUUUUUCUAUCAGCAGUCCAAACUGAAUAAUUGCAUUUCUAA